GGCAGCGUGGAAUUGUGAUAAACAUGGCAGACCUCGUGGAGCGAGUUCUACAAGAAGCAGCUGAAAAAGAGUCUAGAUACAAAACAAUAGAAGUUCACAAGGAUAUUGAAUUAGAAGUAGACGCAGGAAACUUGUUGACUGUCGAUACAAAUCCCUUAGACACAACAAAAUUGAGAAAGAGUAGAGAUGAAUAUUUGAAAAAUCUAGCAAGAGACAAUACACAGCUGUUAAUAAACACUCUGUGGCAGCUUCCAACAGAGAAAGUAGAUGAGGCAAUAGUUGUAAAGCUUCCAGACCCUAAGACUCCUCUUCCCAGAGAAAAACCUAUACCUAAAGAUAAACCCCUUACAAAGUGGCAACAGUAUGCACAACUGAAGGGAAUCCAGAAACGAAAGAAAAGCAGAAUGGUUUGGGAUGAUCAAGGAAAGGAGUGGAGGCCACGCUGGGGAUACAAAAGGGCUAAUGAUGACACACAAGAGUGGUGCAUAGAGGUGCCUGAUAAUGCUGCGGAUCCAAAUGUGGACCUGUUUGCCAAAAGAAAACAAGAAAAGAAGGAGAGGAUGGCAAAGAAUGAGUUACAGAGACUCCGUAACAUUGCCAGAUCACAGAAGUCAAAAGUACCUGGAGUUGGACUUACCCCAACUGAGGCCCCCACAAAAGACUACUUGGGGAAAGCUUUGGCAGUGGCCAGAAAGUCAACAGCAUCCAUAGGGAAGUUCACAGACAAGCUCCCAACAGAAAAACCUUCCCGACAUACAGGCAAAAAAAGAAAAUUUGAACCAAACUAUCGUGACGUUCACAAGGAGAGUAAAAAACAACUAGAGAUUCUAGAUCACCUCCAAAACAGAGUUCCCAUUGUAAACACUACUAAGGCUGCCAAUCGUGAGAUCAUGAAUGAGGAACAGUCAAGAGCAAAGAGGAGGCGCGAGGAAGGAGGUGGGAAACAGAAAGGAGGAAAAAAUAAAGGAGGAGGGGGCAGGAAGAAGGGGGGUUUUAAAUCAGGGAAAGGGGGGAAAAGAGGGGGUAAGAAAAGGUAA